GCUUGCGAACGGAUUUAAAAUAAUAAGACGCGGAAUUAGUAAAAAUAUUUCACUAUCUUCUGGGAACAUAAAUAAAAUUUGGGGAUUAGUACAGAUAUUUCAAUUUCGGUAGAAAUUUGUACUCAACGUGGUCUCGGAAAUUGUGACAAUGACAAAUCGAUCUAAUACCGGUGGGGACCACACGUGGAGACUGGAACAAUUACCCAGGAAUGUGGCAGUAAACAUACAAUUUGAGGAUAUUACCUAUCGAGUGAAAGAUGGAAAUAAAACAAAAAAUAUCUUGAAUGGCAUAAGCGGCAAAUUUCACUCAGGUGAACUGACUGCAAUUAUUGGUCCAUCGGGAUCUGGCAAGACGACGCUUUUAAAUCUUCUAGCUGGCUAUAGAAUUCAUACAACUUCCGGCACCGUAAGCAUAAAUGACAAUAACAGCAGUACGAAAGAACUUCGCAAAGUUUCUAGAUACGUUCUACAAGAUGAUGAUUUUAGUCCCUACUUCACUGUUAUGGAAACCAUGAUGUUUGCUUCACUUUUCAAAUUGGAUUCUAGCUACAGCAAGGAAGAACGUAGAAAUGUUAUCGAGACCAUUUUGGAUACUUUUCACCUGAAAUCACUGGCUAACACUAUGUUAUCGAAAGCUUCGGGUGGCGAAAGAAAGCGUAUUUCAAUCGCUUUGGAGUUAAUUGAUAAACCUGCCGUAUUACUGUUGGAUGAACCCAUAACUGGAUUGGAUGAAGUCUCAGGCAUGCAGUGUCUAAGACUCAUGAAACAAUUUGCCAAUUGUGGCCAUACUAUUAUCUGUUCUCUCCACUGUCCAUCGGCCAGAAUGAUUGAGGUGUUCAACAAAGUCUAUGCUCUAUCCAAUGGUGAAUGUGUGUAUCAAGGAACAGUGGCAAAUAUCGUGCCCUUCUUGAAGGAGUUGAAUUUGCAUUGUCCAUUAACGUAUAAUCCCUUGGAUUUUAUAAUUGAUGUCUCUACAAAAUCGUAUGGAAAUCAUCAAAAGAGCAUGGUCUUAAAAAUCGGUAAUGGCAGUUGUUUCGAAUGGUCCCCGGAUGAGCCGGUCAUACUACCACCUCAACCCUCACAAAGAAUGGAAUUUGAAAUGAUAGAAGAUAGAAAAAAAGACAAAUCGGGAAAAAGUGAACACAUGUUGUCGUGGUGGCAGGAAUACAGGUUGAUAUUUUGGCGUUUUACACAACAUAUGUGGCGUAAUACUAUUAAUUUCAAAUUAAGAAUUGUUGCUCAAAUAUUGGGAUCGGCCUUUAUAGGACUUAGCUUUUUUGAAUGUAGCCGUAAUGCACUGUAUAGCAUAUUUGAUUUUAAUCUCGUUGCUGCUGCUAUACUGUUUGUAGUUUUUAUAUCUUUUGCUCCAAUAUUCGGAAGUGUUCCACGUGAUAUAGAACUUAUGAAAAUGGAAUACUUCAAUCAAUGGUACCGCCUAAGCUCCUACUUUAUGGCUCUGCUGACAUCCCAAUUUACCAUUUUAUUUCCUAUGACAAUUGUUGGCUCUGCAUUAAUUUACUUCAUAUCAGGCCAACCGCUGCAGUUACAUCGAUUCACUAUGUUUACCGUGUCCCUACUUCUGGUGGCAUUUAUGGCUUUAUGUUUUGGACUGAUGCUGGGCACAUCGUUAAGAGGUGUGCAUGCAUUGUAUAUCGGACCUCUGCUUGCCGCCCUAAUGACAGUUUUCGCCCAUCAAACUGUGGCUGGAGACAGUAAGACAAUGCUGCAGAAUAUUGUACUUACCAUUAGUUUUAUGACAUAUUCCUUGGAAGCUUUGCUGGUGCCCAUACUUGGCAUGGAUAGGCCAGAAUUCCCCUGCCCACCAGCUCAAAUAUUUUGCCUGACAUCAAAUCCGGAAUAUGUUUUAAAACUUUACGGCUGGUCAAAUAUCGAUUACACCAGAGCUGUUGUAGCAUUGAACGCAUUUGCUCUACUCUUUGCCACUAUCUCUUUUGUGAUGUUAAGAUAUCGUCUUAACUUUAGAAAAAAAUCCAAAAGUUAACAUGUCAAACUAGAAGCUGCAGUUAACCGUUCCCUUUUUCAAAUCUUAGCAUCAAGUUCGAGAUGUGAUUACUUAGUGAAUUUAAGUAGAAGUAAAUAAUAUUUUUUUAGUUUUUAAGUCAUUUUGUCACAAAUAUA